AUGAGUGAUGCAGACAUCCCUCCAUCGUCGUCGUUAGAUGCUGUCAGUGCCGAUCGCCCUCGUUCUGCACAAUGGGACAACGUAGCGUCUAAGUCUAUGUCGUCCCUACGUCAGCUACUUGACGUGCCACGCGCUCCCUUGGACAGAGAGUCGAAUGACGACGGCGAUGAAGGCAGCACCAAGGCCGAAUCCGAAGCCGAGACUAUCAUUCAAUCGGGCCGAGAGUCUCUCUCCCCAGAGAAGAGAAGAAAACCUAUUCAACACGCCCCCCGAGAGAAUUUUGAAAAGUCGGAGGAUGGACAUGAGGCUGCCGACGCAGAGCUAUCUCCUAGCUCUAAGAAGCGCAAGCGUUCCGAGGAGGAUGAUGGCGAUAACCUGCCCAACAAUGGGCGUGCCCUAUCUCUGAACAAGUCUCGAUCCAGGACGUCAUCAUCUGUGUCUUCUAUAGUGAAAAAGGAAGGGAUAGACGCACCCGCGUCAGUCCUGGCUCGCCGUGACUCGAAUCAUUCCACCGCAGCUCGUGAGGUGACCUCCAAGAAUAAGCAUUCUCGAAACCGCAGCUCUAGCGGAAGCAUAGUGGACGAAGAUUCCACGGACAAGGAUGUACGCACCCAUGAUCGCCAACUUCAACCUUCGAUCAAAGAACGCGAAAGGCGGGAAAAAACUCAUCCGACGACCGGGGCUUCAAGUUCUUUAUCAAAGAAUCGUUCACUGUCACCGCCAUAUCAUUCGCAUAAAAGGAUAUCGUCAGGCUCGCACCACGGCGUAGACAGUCUCCAACGCAAACGGAAAAUACCUGCGCCCUUGGCCGACAGCCACCAUCGCCAAAGCUCGGAGGAUCGUCAGUCGGUCUCAUCAUCUGCCAGUGCUUCACCGAUGCCAUCGGCACGUGCUCGAAGACUUACUUUGUCUGAGGGUGCUCACACCUCCUUAGCAAAGGCUGCUACACACAAAAAGCAGCGGGAUCAGAAUGGACGUACGCGGCUUGCCAGGGCUUGUGCUGCCCAGGAAUACGAAGUUGCCAUGGCACGACAUUCUGAACGCCCCGAGGAUUUGAAUGUUGCCGAUAAUGCUGGAAAUACACCCCUUCAGAUUGCUUCGCUGGAAGGCUGCGCACCAAUUGUCAAGUUUUUGUUGGAGGCAGGAUGUGAGAUUGACACGAAAAAUAUUGACAAGGAUACACCCCUCAUAGAUGCCGUAGAGAAUGGACAUCUUGAGGUGAUCAAACUCUUGCUCGAUGCAGGCGCGAAUCCUCGACUUGUCAACGCGGAAGGCGAUGAGCCCUAUGAUCUAGUGCCUUCUGACUCUGAAGACUACGAGGAAAUCCGAAGAAUCAUCGCUCACGCAAAGUCAAAUCCAGCUCGCAAACGGCGCUCCGAAGACCAUGGACCUCCGUCUAAUUCUGCUAAGAGCUCUGUUCCUCGUGCUACAUCAGGUGCCAGUCCGAGGGAUUCGCCUCCCGCACAUUCGAUGAUGAGUCCCCCACCGGGAGCCAGCGCCAUUAGCAGGCGUAAGACGGUUAGGAGCGAAGCGACUAGGAAUGAUCUCUUGUGGACCAAGGCAACUCCGGAGAACUUAUGCAAUUUCGCUGCUAAAGGUGAUAUGGCCGGUGUGGCCAAUAUUUUAAACGUUAUUCAAAAGGCCGACGCCGAAUCUCUGAUUGCGGCCGCUAAAGGUUGUCAUGAAGAUGUCAUGUCUUUGCUACUGGGAAUGGGUGACGCAGAUGCAGAUCCAGAACCUGUGCAGAAUUCCAACUGUCGGCCGGGGUAUAACACCCCAAUGCUUGCAGCUAUCGGACGCGGCAACCUCGCUAUUAUUCGUUUGUUACUAGACCAGCCGGGGUUUAAUCCAACGCGACGUUUAUACCGUGGUUACACCUAUUUCGAGCUUGCGGAAAAGCGCAAAGGCGAAGGUUGGGAGGAAGAGGUAGAGGUAUUGAAAAAGGCGUACGACAAAUACAAAGGAAUGAAAAGAGCGGCGCGCAAGGCCGACGCUAAAUCUCCCAAACGCUCGCGUGACCAAGAAAGGGAAGUUAAGAAAGCGCCUCGGCGUUCAUCAUCAUCUCCAGUCAGUGCUGUUCGCAAGCCAGUUCGCAGUCCCACUUCCGCUCGCUCUCAAGAUGUUACCGGAAGAGAGAGUAUUAAGAAGCGCGAUUCGUCCGUCCACAAAAAGGAUAAAUCUCUUGCCAGUGCCCGUUCUAAGGCUAUCACUCAGGAUGAUAUCCUUAGCGAGCAUUCUGUUGAUCAGGAGGCAAAUAGGUCGAAGAAAGCUCUCAUACAAAGACGACAGAGUGAUGCGUCCUCGGUCAACCGUAGCGAAGAAAUUCCAAAACGUCGUCGGCUUAUUGCUGGCCGUCCUCCUGACCGUGAUCGACGAAGGCAUAGUCUCAUGUCUACUGAUUCCCUGUCUGGACGUGAAGAAUCUUCAAAUUCCCAUAUCCACACUGCCAAGGACGCGAAAGAUACCAAAGAACACAAAGAUACAUUGGAAGUUCCAGCAAAGCUCAAGCGUCAACGCAGCAGUAUUUCUCCUGAGCGGUCACGUUCUCGAGGUUCUGAGCGUGCUAGAGAUUCGGAGGAGAUAAUGCAGAAAAAGAAACGCCGCUUGCAUCCAGAAGAUGGCCCCCACAAACCGUCUAAUGGGACUCACAAGAAGACUGACGAACCAUGCACUCCAGAUGCCGCCAGGGUUCCAUCCAACAAGAAAGACCAAUCCGAAGCGAGCAAAGCCUCCAAAGAUCCUGCCUCAGAGAGACGUGUGGCACCGUCAAAUGAAAUCUCAGUUACAGUCAAGCAGGAACAUAAGAAACAAGAUGCGCACGAGCUUGAUCGCAUACCAAUGGAUGACAGUGCUGCUAUUAAAGAGACAGAAGCUCCUGUCAAGACCAACGGAGACCUAGAACGUGAUAACCGCAAGGCACAAGAAGAAGAGGGAAAGACGACAGCUGUGCAAAGUGAAACUGCUCGUAUUGCCAAGGAAGAAGAAAUGGCGCGUAAAGCCGAGCAAGCUCGCAUAGCUCGCGAGCUUGCGGAAGAAGAGGAGCGCAAGCGCAAAGAAACUGAACAACGGCGCAUAAAACAACAAGAAGAGGAGCGCCAACGCCGAAUUGAACAAGAGCGAAUGCGUAUUGCAAGACUCCGAAAAGAGCACGAGGAACAAGAACAGCGACGACGUGAUGCACUUCCAAACCUGCUACGAGUCGCCGCGAAUCUUGUCGGAGCUAACGAUCCUCGCGCUAAAAGCCAUGCGUGGUUGAAACAAUUCAUGCCUGUAGUCACUGCACGGACCUUGCAACUAGACCCAUCAUGUGGUGCCGAUGUUGCCGAAGAGGCUUGGGUUCCUAAUUUCUUGGUAGCUCCUCUACUUGCCACCAAUGAUCUGCAACUUUCUCAGUAUGCAAGCUGGGAGAAACGGCAGGCAACUUCUGCUCAGCGGUUGAAUUUGUGGCGUGUGACGCGGCGCAUCCUAGUGCAAGGGGAUGAUAUCGAUAUGCCAUGUUCUUCAUUUGGACAGGUUAUUCAGAAAGAUGGUGAAACGCGACCCAAGUACUUUGGCAUGGAACACAUUUUCUGGGUCAAAAUGUCCGACUUCAUGGAUCUUGUUCCUCAUAUCCCUCAUCUCCAUGGAUUUGAUAUUGAUUUCCUUAAGAUGCAUAUCGAUCAAGAACCUUCCAAUACUUUGCCAGAUUAUUCGGAUGGGCCAAAGACGAAUGGAAAUGGGUAUUAUCCUUCCGACUAUCACGAAGCGGCUACUUCUGUGAAUGGUUUGACGAAUGGUUACGGACACACACGUCCGAGUACAUAUGUUUGA